UCUGCUGGGGGGGGGGGUGAAGACUGGGAUGCUGUGAUCAGGGAGGCGGUCCAAGACUCUUUCAAGAAAUGGCCGAUCCCCAUAUAUGUCCUGCAAAGUGUAAAGCGUUACCACGAAAUAGGUUGUUUUAAAACACUUGAACAAGGAAUAAUAGUUUAAUUAGAGCUAUUAUAGGGACCCGGAAAAAGGUGGUACAGAUUUGGAGAUUCAGGAGAAAACUGUCUCUAAUGGAGUGGUUUGCAGAUGAGUAUAAGAAAUUCGGUUGUUGCUUGGGGAUUGCGACGAACAAUUCACCUGAAGGGUCACAGUUCUAGCAUGGGUUUGGUGGCAUUGGAGGAACUCUACGCUACAAGGUGAUAUCCAAUCAUAGAAUGGGUUUUCAGAUGAUGGCGAGUUAUCAGGGGAUAGUGGAUGAAAAUUCAGAGUUGAGAUUAUAUCUUUUGGUUUCUGAAGUUGGCAUUGUCACGUAUACUCGAUAUCCUCCAAAUUAUAUCUUUUGGUUUCUGAAGUUGAGAUUUAGAUCAUGCUUUCUGACAGACUUUGCUCAAGUAUUGUGCUUGUAGCUUUAAUUGAGACUGGUGAUAUUGUUUUUGUUGUACUGCGGUAUCUGGAGCCUCUUUCCGGAAUUGUAUGUUCUUGUUGUACAAUAGGCAGGGGUUUUCGUGCCAUACUGAUAGCAACAAACUUGUCUGCUGCGUACAUUUGGUGUCUCCUAGCUGCAAAUGAUUUUUCUCUGUUGAUUAGCAUAUGGGGUCAUAUUUUCAUUUCUCCAGACCAAGCACUGAUACAUAUAUAUACAGAUUGCAUGCUGAAUCUCUACGGAAGUGCUCGACUCUGGUGGCAAGGUCGGGCUCACUGUGAUGGAUGGGAACGGAACACUUUUUCGGCACUCUUAGUGGCCACACCCGAGCAGUGCUUCACAAAUUCAGUGUUGACUUGGCAAGGAAGCAUAACGGUGAGGUCAGUCAGCUUGUCAGUUUGGUCAUGUUGGGGAAGAGAAGUGCCAUAACUAUGCUUGAGUAAGACGGCUGAGCAUGCCACCAAAUAUUUCAUUAAUCCUCGAGACAGCCAGUCGAAUAUUUCUGGUCCUAUACUCGCCGGGUCAGCAGACGUUAAGACUAAGCUCAGUCAGUGGGACAGGUUUGAAGGUACUGGGUGGCUCUGAUGGCGGUGAGAGUGGAUGCAGUCAGGCAAUUGAGCUCCUUGGGGAUGUGAAGUUCAUCUAGUGAAGAAGUUGUCUGGGGAGUUCUCGGAGGAAGUGAGUCAGGAUAGCGGGAAGUAUGUUUUCGGAGUGGUUGACACGCUAAUGGUGUUCGAAAUGGGUGCUGUGGAGACUCUUAUAGUGUGGGAGAGCUUGGAUAUCACCAUACGUGUCCUGAAAAGCGUUACCACAAAAGAGGUUGUUAUAAAAAACUUGAACAAGGAACAAGAGGUUAAUUAGAGCAACUUCAGGGACCCGGAAAAUGGUGGUGCAAAUUUGGAGGUUCAGUAGAAAAAUGUCUCUACUCGAGUGGUUUGCCAAUGAGUAUAAGAAGUUUGGUUGUUGCUUGGAACUCGUGACAAACAAUUCACAAGAAGGGUGACAGUUAUGCUUUGGGUUUGGUGGCAUUGGAGGAAUUCUGCACUACAAGCAAUGAUUUCGGAGAUGAUGGUGACUAUUCCGACGAUAGAGGUGAAGUGGAUGAAGACUGGGAGUGGGGCCAUUAAUGCCAACCUCAAGUAUACCAGUGCAGGUUGAUCGAGGAAAGGCCUGCACUGGUGCCCGUUCUCUUGGGGGUACCGUGACAGCUCUUGUUAGGAGGAAUUGCUCUAUGGAAACGGGAAGUCAUCUAAAUUGAAAUACGUCCACAUGGCUUUAGUAAAGGCCAAACAAAAAUAAAAAAAACCAGGCCGCAUCAUAGCAGGCCAAAAUAUUUACAAUCCAUCCAAUUUUUCAAUGCUCAAGGCCGUGAAAACGGGCCUAAUCAAGCUCAAACAAACCUUCCAGAAGAUUCCUCCCAGGCUCUGAUUGCAGCCUGUUCAGACUCUUCAACCCUGGCCUUCUGCUCCUCCAAGUUGGAAUCUUUCAGACUCUUAAGUUUGGCGUGGAGUGGCUCUAACUCGGCCCUCACAAGCCCAGAACUACGGAACAAGAUGGCAAUCCAAGCGGUGCAGUGCGUCAGAGGUGCAAGAAGCAAAGAACACAGGUUCUUGCGCUUUGAAAGUUUCAGCGGUGAAGGCACACUACCUAAGGCAGAAGCAUCUGCGACUACAAGGUGAUAUCCGAUCAUUGAAUGGGUUUUCAGAUAACGGUGAGUUAUCAGGGGAUAGUGGAUGAAUAUUCAGAGUGGCCAUUAAUGCCAACCUCAAGUAUACUAGUGCAGGUGGAUGGGGGCAAGGCCUGCACUGAUGCACGCGUUGUCGGGGGUACCAUGACAGCUCUUGUUAGAACAAAUUGCUCUCACAAACCUGAAACUACUGAACAAGAUGGCAAUCUAUGUGGCACAUCUUAGAUGCAGAAAAAGAGUCUUUGAAGUCUCUUGUGACUUGUGAGGACCUUGCAGACGAGACACGAGCCCACGAAACAUCUGCGACUACUCCUUGGCAUGGAGUCAACCAUGCUAGCUGUUGAAGGCGUGGCUGCUGUGAUCAGGGAGGCAUGGCCAAGGCUCCUUCCAGAAUGGUCGGUCCCUCUCAAGGGGCUGAGUCUCCAUGUAAAGAAUUGCAUGCUGAAUCUCUACGGAAGUGCUCGACUCUGGUUUCAAGAUCGGGCUCACUGUGAUGGAUGGGAACGGAACACUUUUUCGGUACUCUUAGUGGCCACACCCAAGCAGUGCUUCACAAAUUCAGUGUUGACUUGGCAAGGAAGCAUAACGGUGAGGUCAGUCAGCUUGUCGUUUUGGUCAUGUUGGGGAAGAGAAGUGCCAUAACUAUGCUUGAGUAAGACGGCUGAGCAUGCCACCAAAUAUUUCAUUAAGCCUCGGGACAGUCAGUCGAAUAUUUCUGGUCCUAUACUCGCCGGGUCAGCAGACGUUAAGACUAAGCUCAGUCAGUGGGACAUGUUUGAAGGUAGUGGGUGGCUCUUAUGGCGGUGAGAGUGGAUGCAGUCAGGCAAUUGAGCUCCUUGGGGAUGUGAAGUUCAUCUAGGAGAAGAAGUUGGCUGGGGAGUUCUCGGAGGAUGUGAGUCAGGAUAGCGGGAAGUAUGUUUUCGGGGUGGUUGACACGCUAAUGGUGUUGGAAAUGGGUGCUGUGGAGACUCUUAUAGUGUGGGAGAGCUUGGAUAUCACCAUACGUGUCCUGAAAAGCGUUACCACAAAAGAGGUUGUUAUAAAAAACUUGAACAAGGAACAAGAGGUUAAUUAGAGCAACUUCAGGGACCCGGAAAAUGGUGGUGCAAAUUUGGAGGUUCAGUAGAAAAAUGUCUCUACUCGAGUGGUUUGCCGAUGAGUAUAAGAAGUUAAAUUUUUGGUGUGAUGUCAGGCAGAAGCAUCUGCGACUACAAGUCUUCCUCGUCAUGGUGUCAACCAUGUUGUCUUUGUAGGUACGGUUGUGUGCUAUUGGGAUGUCACCCGCUGCCCUAGGGACUUCUUGGACAUCCUGUACUCCGUGAAUGGCAGAGGUUGAUUGCAAACACAUUAGAUGCAGAAAAAGAGUCUUUGAAGUCUCUUCCUGCCUUAGCCUCAAGUGUUCUAGUGGCGAAUUGACUUGAAUAUGACCAUAGGUUUGUGCUGUGAGGUGCUAGUUUCUUUGGCCUUUUAUUUCUUUGUAGGAGUAUAUAUUUUCAUCUUUGGAAACUAAGGUCAUAGUGUCCUCUCUGCUCAGCAGCUAGCACACUCGGCCCAUUUUGUUUUUCAU